AUGCCCACCGCCGACCCCAGAAAUCCAAGGCGGACCUCCGAAAGUUCUGUGCAGGCCGCCUUCCUCAAUGCAAAGGUCUCCUUGUUGGCCCUCGGGGGCCCGCUCGUCGCCGCAGCUGGGUGCGGCUCGGAAGAAUGGCGCGCGCAGACCCCGGGAAAGGUUCAGAAGGCAUGUUUGUUCGGCCAGCUGGGAGCCUCUUUGUCGCCAAGGCUGGGCUUCGCACGGAAUGCUGGCGCGCGUGGGCCCAACUGCUCAGUUGGCAUUCGGGGCCCCCCACCACGGCUUGACGCAAGUUGGAAAGCACAUUGCGUUUGGGCCCUGGGAGGGGUCCGGGGACGGAUCUUGAGCAGAUGGCGACCGCCAUUGUCUCAGCGUCGCUGUUGUUUUGCGCGGCCCUUUGUCCGAAAGGUGAUGGGCGACGUGUGCAAGGAGGCAAAUUUCGCCGCGAGUGUCUGCUCGCUCACGCGGUCGACUGGGCUGUCGCUCGCCGAAACCAUCGUGCUCGCCGCGCGGGAGGGGGAGGACGCCAGCGGGCUGGUAGGCCACGCGACCACGUUCUUCUCCUACUCUUGGACGGGGACCAAGCUGGGGGACAUGCUGACGGCGAUCCAGAACAAGGUCUCUGAAUUGGAGGCUGCCGAUGGACGGCGCCGUUUCGUUUGGGUGGAUAUGUUCGCCGCCUCUCAGACGCUCCUCGCCGGUGAGUUCCGCGACGAGGCAAGCCACCCCAAGGGCAGUCCUGGCUACAAGGAGCGGAAAGAGGACACCGACACGAUCUUCGACCACGCCCUCGAUGCGAUUGAGGAGUUGCUCCUGUACGCGUCGCCGCUCAAUGAACAGUGGCGCGCUCCGCAGCACCCAUACCUGUUGCCAGACAUAGGUGACCCACCGCCAGACUGGAUGCGCCGCGGCCCGGGCGCCAUGACACGCGCGUGGUGCAUGUUCGAGAUGGUGAAGGCGCUGGCCAAGCCAGCGCGGCUUCACGUCGUUCUGUCCCCCGCCGAUGUCAGCAACUUCGAGGAGCUAUUGACGAAGCACUUCGAUGACAUCGCCGGCAUCAUCGCCGACCUGGACGCGCGCAAAGCUCAGGUCAGCAAGCCCGAUGACCGUGACUACAUCCUCGGACAGGUGCGGAUGUUGGACGGUGGCCUCGGCACGGUCACUUCGACCGUCUGCUCCUCGCUGCGCGGUUGGUUGGCGGAGCAGGGGCGGAAGGUGUUGCAGAGCCAUCUUGAAGACAACGGAGAGCAGAACAUCAUCCUAUUGAAACACAACCUGGCCCGGCUGCUGCAGGCCCAGGGGGACCUCGCCGGCGCCGAGCCGCUCUUCCGCGAGGCGUUGCAGGCUAGCCGCGAGGUCCUCGGCGCCCGGCACCCCAACACGCUCGUCUCGGUGAACUACAUGGCCCGACUGCUGAAGGCCCAGGGGGACCUCGCCGGCGCCGAGCCGCUCUACCGCGAGGCGUUGCAGGCGCGCCGCGAGGUCCUCGGCGCCCGGCACCCCGACACGCUCGUCUCGGUGCACAACCUGGCCAUGCUGCUGCAGGCCCAGGGGGACCUCGCCGGCGCCGAGCCGCUCUACCGCGAGGCGUUGCAGGCUAGCCGCGAGGUCCUCGGCGCCCGGCACCCCAACACGCUCGUCUCGGUGAACAACAUGGCCCGACUGCUGAAGGCCCAGGGGGACCUCGCCGGCGCCGAGCCGCUCUUCCGCGAGGCGUUGCAGGCUAGCCGCGAGGCGUUGCAGGCUGGCCGCGAGGUCCUCGGCGCCCGGCACCCCGACACGCUCGUCUCGGUGAACAACCUGGCCAUGCUGCUGCAGGACCAGGGGGACCUCGCCGGCGCCGAGCCGCUCUUCCGCGAGGCGUUGCAGGCUAGCCGCGAGGUCCUCGGCGCCCGGCACCCCAACACGCUCGUCUCGGUGAACAACCUGGCCGCGCUGCUGCAGGACCAGGGGGACCUCGCCGGCGCCGAGCCGCUCUACCGCGAGGCGUUGCAGGCGCGCCGCGAGGUCCUCGGCGCCCGGCACCCCAACACGCUCGUCUCGGUGAACAACCUGGCCGCGCUGCUGCAGGACCAGGGGGACCUCGCCGGCGCCGAGCCGCUCUACCGCGAGGCGUUGCAGGCGCGCCGCGAGGUCCUCGGCGCCCGGCACCCCAACACGCUCGUCUCGGUGAACAACCUGGCCGCGCUGCUGCAGGACCAGGGGGACCUCGCCGGCGCCGAGCCGCUCUACCGCGAGGCGUUGCAGGCGCGCCGCGAGGUCCUCGGCGCCCGGCACCCCAACACGCUCGCCUCGGAGAACAACCUGGCCGUGCUGCUGCAGGCCAAGGAAGGCAACUGA